GCCAAGGAAUGUGCUGGGAGAAGCAGCCAGAGAAGCGGGCGGGGCAGCCGAGUGAAGGCCACCCGGAGGCAGCACCCACAGGUCAAUGUGGAGGUGUUGCCGGGUCUGGGCCGCCAUGCUUAGUCUCAAGCUGCCGCAACUCCUUCAAGUCCACCAAGUCCCGCGGGUGUUCUGGGAAGAUGGCAUAAUGUCUGGCUACCGUCGCCCCACCAGCUCAGCCUUGGACUGUGUCCUCAGCAUCUUCCAGAUGACCAACGAGACAGUCAACAUCUGGACUCACUUCCUGCCCACCUGGUACUUCCUGUGGCGGCUCCUGGCGCUGGCAGGGAUCCCGGGCUUCUGCGCGGAGCCGUACCACUGGCCGCUGCUGGUCUUCCUGCUGCCUGCCUGCCUCUACCCCUUCGCGUCGUGCUGCGCGCACACCUUCAGCUCCAUGUCGCCCCGCGCGCGACACAUCUGCUACUUUCUAGACUACGGCGCGCUCAGCCUCUACAGCCUGGGCUGCGCCUUCCCCUACGCCGCUUACUCCAUGCCGGCCUCCUGGCUGCACAGCCGCCUGCACCAGUUCUUUGUGCCCGCCGCGGCGCUCAACUCCUUCCUCUGCACCAGCCUCUCCUGCUACUCGCGUUUCCCGGAGAUGGAGAGCCCUGGGCUUAGUAAGGCCCUCCGCACAGCCGCGUUCGCCUACCCCUUCCUGUUUGACAACCUCCCACUCUUCUACAGGCUCGGAUUGUGUUGGGGCAGGGCCCGCAGCUGUGGGCAGGAGACACUGAGCACCAGCCACAGCUACCACCUCCUCUGCGCACUGCUCACCGGCUUCCUCUUUGCUUCACGCCUGCCUGAGCGGCUGGCACCUGGACGCUUUGACUACAUAGGCCACAGCCACCAGCUCUUCCACAUCUGUGCAGUACUGGGCACCCACUUCCAGCUGGAGGCCGUGCUUGCUGAUAUGGGAUCUCGCCGAGCCUGGCUGGCCUCACAGGAGCCUCCACUAGGCCUGGAGGGCACAGUAGCCACACUGGGUGUGGCAGUAGCUGGUAACCUGCUUAUCAUUGCUGCCUUCACAGCCACCUUGCUUCAGGCCCCUAGUACCUGCCCCCUGCUGCAGGGUAGCCUGCUGGAUGUGGGAUCCCAAGCUAAACAACAGUAAAGUGCAUCUCUGACCCUAGCCUAGAGGGAUGCAGAGGCCUGGUCCCAGUACUGUAAAGGUAUCCAGAGCUGGGCCUGAGUUGGGGACAUCUCAGAGCCAAGAAUCGAUGAGGAGAGGCAAAGGAGAGAGGGCAGAGAAGAGGGAGGCCGAAGGACUGGUAGAGAUGGAGAGGGCCCCAUGGGCUUCUGAUGGAGUGGAGGAAGUAUUGAGGGUCUGCGAGGGGAGACUAUUUUCAGGCUGGGGCUGUAGGAAGGGAGGUACUGGGGCUUUUUCCUCUUGCCCUGCUUCUGGUGCUCUUGAAGUAUGUUCAGCCCAGGGAGAACUGACACAACUAACCCAGGCCACCCUGAAUGCUUCUUAAUCUGGUGUGUGUGGGGGGGAAGGGGCAGGAAGGGAGAUGGAGGGACUGGGGACAGCACGCCCUUGCCUCUACCCACCACCCAAUGUGCUCUUUGCUAGAGAUGAGUUUGUCCUAGUCACAACUGUGUGCCAGGUGUCCAGGCCUUUGGAGGGCUGGUCUGUUUGGGAGUAGAUUGAAGUUGGGAGUCCUAAGAUAGGAGGAACCCUGAUUACACUUUAGAAAGCCAUCAACCAUGUUUGGUGGAACAAAACAGA